UCUGUGCACUAAAAGAAGCCGCGCCGCCCCGGCCUCGCCUCGCUGUCGCUGCCGCCAUUGUUGCAGAAAGUAAAAUACCGCAUUGUGCUUCAAUUUGAUUUUUCUUUGUAAUUAAUUAGACGCCAUAAUCAUGGGUGUAAAUGUGGAGACAAUUUCACCUGGUGAUGAAUCAACGUACCCUAAACCGGGUCAGACAGUGGUCGUUCACUACACAGGCACCCUAACAAAUGGUCAAAAGUUUGACUCAUCCCGUGACCGUGGCAAGCCCUUCAAGUUCAAGAUUGGCAAGAAAGAGGUCAUCAGAGGCUGGGAUGAGGGUGUUGCAAAGAUGUCUGUCGGUGAGAGAGCUAAGUUGACCUGCUCUCCGGACUAUGCUUACGGCCAGCAAGGCCACCCCGGAGUCAUCCCACCAAACUCUACGCUCAUCUUCGACGUGGAACUCAUCCGUCUUGAAUAAACUACGCAUCACUUGUUAGACAAUCCAAAAAACCAUGUUCCAAUGCCCCAAAGUCUAUUGCUCAAUUGGGUAAUUGUCUUAAGCACUUUUAGUGUUAAACAUCUUAACUCUUCAUAGAUUAUGUACUAAGUUAGUUUACUAGGUUUUCAAUAAGUAAACUAAGUCACAUUCCGGUUGCAUUUGUCAAUUUGAACUUACAUGGAUUGUAAUUCAACAUAAUUUUUGUUACCAGUGAUUUUAUGGUCGCAGGGCACAACUUUCUAAGCAUAAUAAGUGUUUCAUUUUGUGGAAUCUGUAAAUAAUUUAAACACACUUGUCACAUUUUACGACCCAUGUGUUUAUGUAUUUCUUAUGAACAUUUAAGCUUUAUUUACACAUCUAAGAUGAAAUAAACUACUGUGAAAAGUUAA